AUGAGUAGAAAAGGAGUUACAACCAAAAGAGUGAAGACUGUCCAGACGGCUCUAUCGAGAAUCAGCGCCCAAACCGCGCAGCGGCUGGCCGAGAAACGUUUGUUUCGCGCUCGGCCAAAACCAUCCGUCCGUCUGAAGUCUCGGCCAAAGUUCAAGACCAUCCGGCCGACUGAACAGCACGACCGGGAAGCAAUGUCCCGCGGUCGGCCGAGCCAGGACCACUCCAUGCCAUGCCGCGGUCGACCCAAAGCCCGUUUUGAAGCCCGAUUUCAUAUUUUCAUGGCCCGGUUAACCCUAAGCCGCCUCAAAAGACCUAGCACUAUAUAUAUAGCUUUUUAG